AUGGCAGAGCUAGCAACGAUCGCUACUGUCGUUCAGCUGGCCGACUUGGCCCUGCGGAUGAGCGGCGAAGUCUGCAAGUUUCUCGAUGCUUACAAGAGUACGAACCGCGAUGUAAAAUUGUUGUGGGAUGUCGCAGUAUUGCGUGAUGUUGAAGCCAAUGUGCGCAACUUGCGUGGGUACGUCGUACGGUUUCGAAACGUCAAAGGCGUGUUCGACGAAUUUGAGGAUCUCUCUGAGACCAUCAUUUGGGCGUUGGAAGACUAUGAUGCCGAUAUCCUCGCGGUUAAAAAGCUUCUACCUCCAAAGCCGCUA